AUGCCUGGGGAGCAGCCCCGCGGAGCACCGCCCCCAACUGUGACGGGAGACCUGCAGCCCUGCCAGACGGCCGGCGGCACAGGGGGCCCCUCCCAGCCCCCCAGCCGGGGCGGCGCCCCAGCCAGCAGGACUGCCAAGGCCACAGGCAUCGGGGCCCAGGCCGAGGAGCCCCCCGAAACCCAGCCAUGGCAGGCCGGGGAGGUGGAGCUCCUGAGAGCCCAGUCUCUGAGCAGCCCCCCGGGGAAGGGCGGCAGCCCCCGGGCCCCACCAGGGAGGAGCCACACACAGGCUCGCACCCGGCAGGUGGGCAGGGCGGACAGCGGCCCCCAGCAGCUCUACAGCCUGAGCAUCGCGGGCUCGAGGGCCAGACCCACCCCAGAUGAGACCCCUGAGGGCCCACAGCACGAUGCCCCCCGGCCCCCAGAGGCAGAGGCCCUGCCUGCCCCCGGUGAGCUCAGCUUCCCAAGGUGCUUCCAGGAGACCCCCUCCACCUUUACCUCCACCAACUAUACCUCACCGAGCGCGCCCCCUGGGCCCCCACCCCGCAGGGCCCCCCGGGGCCGCAGCACCAGCCCCCAAAGGCCGGCCUCCUACUUGGAAUUCCAGGUCAGCGGACCCAAUGCCUGGCCUCCCGCUGCUGAGAACAGCUUCCCAGGUGCUAGUUUCGGGGUCCCCCCCACCGAGUCGGAGCCUUUUCCUGAAGGUGGCAGCCCCGGGGGGGUCUCCUUCCAGUUCCCCUUUCCUGCGCUGCAUGGGGCCGGCCUGAAACCCUUCCCCGAGGACACAGCCAGGCCUGAGUACCCCGAGAGGGCGCUGGUGUUUGCCUUCCACCCACCUCGGGGAGCGUGGCCAGAGGAGGCGGUGGGCACAGGCCUGGCCUACCCCCAGCCUGCCCGGCCUGCGCCCCCACCCCCACCCUGCUAUCCCGGCCGGCCCAGCGGCCCCGAGGCCACCAGCGACCUCGCCGGUGCUCUCCCCACCACUGGUGCUGCUCCCUCGGCCCCCAGCUCCUUCUCGGAGAGCACAGCCACCUUCCCGGACAGUGUGCCCAAAAGAAUGACCCAAGCCCUCCCCGAGAGACCGCCUUCAGCCCAUGAUGGGCUGGGGAGCCCCAGGGGGCCCCCAAACUCUCUGCCCCAGAGGCACUUUCCUGGGCAGCCUUAUGGAAGCCCCAGAGCCAGCGGAGUGGGUACCAGCCCAGGGUCUCUAGACACAGAGCUGGCCGCCCCAGGUCCCCCACCCACCAGGCUGCCCCAGCUGUGGGAACCUCCCACAGCCCCUUACCCCACACAUGCCCUGGGUCCCCCGGCUGCCACAAGGAGUGCAUUCUUUGAAGGCCAGCCCAGCCCAGGCCAGCAGCUCGGGCUCCCCCAGAGUUCCCCUCUGCCCUGGCCCCAGGCCCUCCCGGCUAUCAGGCCCAGCACCCACAGAAUGGAAAUGCUGAGCCGGCUGCCCUUCCCGCCAGGGGCCCCCGAGUGGCAGGGAGGCAGCCAAGGAGCCCUAGGUGCUGCCGGCAAGACGCCCGGGCCGGGGGAAAAGCUGGUGGUCCUGAGAAACAGCCCCGGCCGGCACAGCAGCGGCUCCCCUGGGCUGUUCACCUACAAUGGGCUGAAGGACCCUGGAACCCAGCCCCUGUUCUUUGGGGUAGCCCAGCCGCAGGUCUCACCCCGAGGGACACCCAGCCUGCCACCACCCAGGGUGGUGGGAGCCUCUCCCAGUGAGUCCCCGCUGCCCUCACCCGCCACCACCACGGCCGGCAGCAGCACCUGCUCCUCACUCUCGCCGCUGUCCGGCAGCCCGGCCAACCCCAGCUCCGAGGAGAGCCAGCUCCCCGGCCCGCUCAGGCCCUCUUCCUUCUACCAGCACUCCACUCACGCCCAGGAGACCAGCAGCCCCUUCCCGUCCCCUGAGCCCUCACACGCCCUCCCCAUCCACUACCAGCCAGAGCCCGUCAAGGCUUUCCCCUUCCCCACAGAGGGGCUGGGGGCCGACGGCACCUACAAAUGCCUGGAGGAGGCCCCGUUCCCCAGCACGGGCCCUGAGGUGGGCAGCAGGGGGCUGGAGGUCUUCCCCCGGGAGCCACCCCCGUACUCUGCACACCACUUCCCCCUCAGCAGCGCCAGCCUGGACCAGCUGGACGUGCUGCUCACUUGCAAGCAGUGUGACCGGAACUAUAGCAGCCUGGCCGCCUUCCUGGAGCACCGGCAGUUCUGCAGCCAGCUUCUGGCGAGGGCCAAGGAUGGCCACCAGCAGUCCCCAGGGCUCCCCACACCCCCUGCCGCCCCCUCCAUGCUGGCCACUCCCAAAGCACCAGCCAGUGGGAGCCCAGGACUGCUCAGCCACACCAAGAUGGUCCCCUUUCUGCUGGGUGGGGACGUCCGGGCAGAUGGCAAAGAUGACCCCCUGAGGACGAGCUUCUUGCCCGGCCUGGCUGCUGGCCCCUUCCCGCUCCCUGCUGCAGACCUGGACCUGGAGGACGAAGCCAAGCUGGACAGCCUCAUCACCGAGGCGCUCAACGGCCUGGAGUACCAGUCAGACAACCCUGAGAUUGACAGCAGCUUCAUCGACGUCUUCACCGAUGAGGAACCUUCCGGCCCCAGAGGUCCCAGUGCUGGGCAGCCCUCCAAGAUCAGAGUGGGGGCAAUGCCAGAGAGCAAAGCCCAGCCCCAGCUCCCAGCAGUGGCUGCCCUGCUGGAGCCCCAGGCUGCCCGCCCUGGGGACGGGGGCUACCCAGCCCACAGCAGGCCCAAAACCCGCUCCCUGGGCCCAGCACCUGCGGAGGCAGACGGGGCCAGCCCGGCCAGCCAGCAGAGGAGAGGGAAGCGGUUUAAGUUGUUCCAGAAAGAGCUAGACACCGUCAACACUACCAAGAGGCCCGGCAGGGGCACCAGAGCCACCCACCCAAGGCCAAGGAGGAAGGGGGACAGGGCUGAGCCGAUUGUGCCCCGCCCCCAGGACCUCAGAACCCAGGCCCCCAAGAGCCAUGCAGAUCCUGACGGACAGGCUCUCCCCGUGGAGACCAGGAGCUCCAGGCGCCUCCGACUGUCCCCCGGGAAGGAUUCCAGGAGGAGGAAGACGCGGGGUGGCACCUGGAGCAAGGAGCUCAUCCACAAGAUCGUGCAGCAGAAGAACAAGCGGCACGGCCGGCCGGCGCAGGGUGGCCCCUGCUCUCUAGUGCCCGAGAGGCCCCCGCGUGGCACCACAGAUGGCGGGCCCCGGGAGUACGACUACGCCUCCGAGUCUGAGGAGGAGGACAGCUCCCGGCCGCGGGGCCCCCACUUCAGAGGCCGGCCCCGCCAUGGCAGCCGGCGGUGGCACCGAGGCGAGAAGAGGAAGGGAGCAGACUUGACCCCAAGUCCCAGAGAGGGAGGAGAGCAGCAGAAGCCCAGGAAGGUCGUGAGGCAGGGAGCCAUGAAGGGUGGGGGCUCCCCCACCCCACAAGAGCCAGGUGGGCAUUGCCCAGGCCCCAGCGAGAGCCCCGAGGCCAGAGCAGGCCUCCAGGAGAAAGGCUCCACGCAUCUCCUGCAGGUCCCCGGCAGUGCCAAGACCCCAGAGGAAAACCGUCUAUCGCUGGACUUCUCUCAAGAGACCAAGAACCCUGAAAUUGCUGACGAGCUGCCCCCUGACACCACAAAACUUCUCAGAGAGGUUUCAAGCUCUUCUCCAGCCAUGUGUGUGGGAGGAAGCCCCCCAGCCCCAGAGCGACCACAGUCCAGCAGAGAGGACACAGUGGGGCCCCGGGGCAGCUCGCCAGCUCCAGGGGCGGGCAGUCUGCUGGGAGAGCCCCAGGGCCCGGAGCCGCCCAUCUCCCAGGACAGAGAGGAACCCCCUGCCUGCCCACCAAGAGAAUUGCCGGUGCCUGUCGCUAAUGCCACCAAUGCUGCCUUCCCCAAACUCAGCACCCUGUUUUUGAAGACUCCAGAUCUUGGUUGUGACCCUGCUGUGUUUAACAGAGACCCCGCGGGGGUUCCAGUUGCCAAAAAGGGGCCCCAGCCCUAUAGCAGCCCCCACAGCAAGCUGUUCCUUGGGCCUAAAGACCUGGCCAGCUGUUUCCACGAAGACCUGUACCCCGAGCCCUCGGCUCCGGACACUCCGCCAGCCAACAGCGUGCACCUUCGCCAGGACGGUGUGGACGCCAGUUCCCUCGAGCCAAAACCUCCCAGGAAUCCACCCUACACGGUCGACACAGACCCAGGCGAAGCCAGAUUGCCACUGACCUUGGAGUCCCCACCCCUUUUCUCUGGGCUGCCUGUGGACGGCUUCGACCCGCCGAUUUACAGCAGCCUGUCUGGAAGUGGGGACGCCCACUCUCCAUGUGCAUGUGCCCACCCUCCCCCGAGGAAACCCUUGUCAGAUCCACCAUACCCAUCGUUUCUGCCCGAAAAGGGCUGGUCCCUGCUGGAGGACGCGUCCUCCAUGCUGCCCAGCCACGUGGGCCAUUUUCCUGACCUCUCAGAGGAAAAGGCAUUCAGCAAGAAGUGUCCCCCUCCAGGGACAAGAGCCACCAGCUCUCCCCCUCUACCUGGCAAAGUUACUGAAUGUGGCGUCACUUUUAUGAGCAACCUGUCUGAGGACGAGUUAGAGAUCAAGAGAUUGGUCACCGAGUUAGAAAGUCAGCUGAAAAGCCAAGAUGUGCACGCGGCCCCAGGAGGGCUGGGCAGUGCUGAGCAGGCGGGUGCGGUGCCCUUGGGCCCGGGCACCCCUCUGCCCAUCCCCCAGGCCACCCCAUCCUGCGAGGACUCACUCUCCACAGCUGGCCUCACCAGUCUUGGGGAGUUGAGUCCACACCCGGAAGGGGCACAAACUGCUGUGGCCGCUGCAGAGGGGCCUCCGGGGAGCCCCCAGGAGGAGUGGCCCGCAUUCCACGCUGGAGAAGCAGCUCUUCCCCGCAGCGCCCACAAAGAUGUGGCUUCUGGGGCUCCUUUCAGCCCCACGGAGGCCCGCCUCAGUUUCCAGCCGGUGCAGAAAGACAUAGUCUCCGAGAUGGGGCCCCCCAAGGCAGAAGGGGACUGCCAGUUCUGCCCAGAAGUCCCUGGCCCCGGAGAGCUGCUCAAGUCCCCGUUGGACGUGGGAAGGUCAGCAAAGUGCAGCCCAAGCCAGGAGCCUUUACUUCCUAAGAACAACAGGGCCACCAAACUCCAUCGACUCAACACCCUCCUGCUGCCCCUCCCCAGCACAUGGGGACAAGGGAGUCUCCCAGGAGCCCAUGAGGCACACAGGCCCUGCAGAGAGCCCCCCGAGCUGGGAGCGUUUGGCAGCCCCACCGCCCAUCUGCAACCUGACUUGGUGUUUUGGGGUGCCAGGAUUCUGUCUCCAGGUGCCACCCCACCUACUGGUGCCAGUCACAGCGAGACCACCAAGGGACAAUCUGUCAGCAGCGCAGGUGGGCCAGAAGGAGCGGGGCUCCCCCACCCCAUGGUAGGGGGCCCCGGCUUUGAGGGUAACAAGGAGCUGGUCCCAGUGGGGGCCUCCCCGAGUCCUGCCUGCACGCCCGGUCCCAGUCCUGGCGGGAGGCCCCAGGACCCAGCUGCGAGCCCGCUGCAGCAACUCCAGCUCCUAGUGGCCAGAGCAGCUGAGAGGGAAGGCGAGGCCUGGGGCUCCCAGGAGCCCCCACCUGCCGAUGCCCAGAGCCCUCAGUGCGGCCAGCCCUCAGAUCUGGAAGGGGACAGUGUGGAAGGUGGGAGCAUGGCCUGCAGCCCCACCCGGGGCUCCCUGGGAGGUGCACAGAUGACAGCUAUCCCUGCAGUGGCUGGACGUCAGCCAUGGCCAGAGGCAGAUGGACGUCUGGGCAUGCUCGGCCAGGCUGAGAAGCCCAAGGGCCAAGGCCAAGCCAGCCAGCUGCAGCCAGAUAAGAGGGGGAGCUGUGGGGGGCCGGGUGACCUCACCACAGUCAAUGCCAGUCCUGAAACUGCUCUGGCCAGGCCAGCCAUGGGUGCAGACCAGCUAGGGGGACAACUGCAGGAAGGCAGGGUGGCCUUGGGCCCACAGAACGAGGCACAGGCCACCCCAAGUCCCGCCUCCUCCGAUUCGGAAUCUUUGCUCCCGGCCUUGGCAGCAGCCCAUGCCCAAAGUGGGCCUGAGGACCAGACCCGAGAGGAGGCGGCUGGCCCAGGCCUUGAGAAGCAGCUGCUGCUCGCUGGGGAGAACCCAGUGCCCACCACCAGCAACCUGGCCAGCUGGGCCCCUUCGCUACCAUCCUCAGCCACCUCCGUUCCCUGUGGCCUCAAGCACCUGCCCCAGGAAGACCCUCCAUCAGCUCCUUCAGGGGCUCUGAGGGGGCUGCUCACAGCCUCUCCAUCCUGCGGGUACCCUAGCAGCCCGCAGCAUCUGCCGGCACCUUCUCCUGCCUGGACACCUCCAGAAAGGGCCGACUGCACCCCAACCCCCACUGACCUAUCUUUGAGGACAAGCCCCUGUGGCCUCAAGGAAAGCCCAGCUUACCAACCCUUCCUGGGGGACCACAGACCCCUGGGAGACCCUCCCGCGGGCCAGCCCAGCUUCAUCGGUGUCUUCACUCCCACCCAUCAUGGGGACAACCCUGAAGACCACAUGUCAGGAACCCUAGAGGUUUCCAGGAAUGAGCAGCUGAGGCUGUCUCCUACCUGUGCUGCCCCUCCACCCCCAGCGAGGGCCGUCUCCCUGAGAGUGACCGUCAAGGCUGCUGCCCUGCCCACCACAGAGGGCAUGGGGGCAGUGAGAGGCCCCAGGGCCAAGCGGCCAGACGCUCACUGCAAGGGAGCCCUGCCCCGCACCAGCCCCAGCAGGAUCUCCAGGGACCCCUCGUCAGAACCCCCAGGAAACAGGGAAGGCCGCAGCAUCCCCACUGCGCCCACUCACCCUUCCACACAGGGGGCCGUAGGGCCAGAACCCCACGCCGGCCUGGAAGGCGAGGCAGGGGCCAGCCUCCAGGGACAGGAAGUCCUGGAGACACCUGAGGCUGGGCGCACUGGCGUUACAAGGGCACCCGAAGCUGGCACCAGAGGCCUGACGGUCACCCACCCUCCUGCAGAGCUCCACCUGGGCAGAGCCGUGUCCCGGAGGAGCAGCAUAGACAGUGACUCCAGACCCGACUCCCCGCCAAGCCUCAGAAAUAUCCUCCCCCAGACACCUCAGGGGGACCCCCUCAGCCCUCAGGACCCCAGACAGAAGCCUCGUGGCUUUAAAAAGAAGCCUGUGUCCACUGAGAAUGGCCAUUGGAAGGACCGAGCCCCCCACGGGCGGCCUGUGACCUGUGAGGUCUGCUCGACCUCCUUCCGCUCCAGGCCAGGCCUGAGCCGCCACAGAGCCAGGAAACACGGGCUACACAAGGGGGCUCCCUCCCAGCCAAGCCCGCCAGCCCUGCCCGCCCCCCAGCCCGCAGCCCAGACGUGCCGCACCCCCGGGAAGAAAAGCCGCAGGGUGCCUGGGAAGGAGAAACCGAGGCGCUCGCUGAGCAGCCCCAGCCACAUUCUUGGGCCGCCUCCUGUCCAGGGCUCCACAGCUCCUGAGGACGCCCUGGGUCCCGAGACGUCCAAGGAGCUUAGACAGGGGCUCGGCGUUCUGGGAACCCCAGGCUGUCCCGUCAGCCGGGAACCACACUCCCCAGGCCUGGUCAAGCAAGGAGUGGAUGUGAGGUCUGCAGAGCCCAGGACACGGGACCAGCUGGACAAGAAGGAGCACCAUCUCAAACCAGCAGAGAAGGGAGGAGGCCAGAGGCGGGGCAGAGCGCCCACAGACUUGCCCAGCGAGGCAGGAGGGAAGUCAAACAAGAAAGCGAGGAAGCCCAGAGCGAGAAGGUUCCGGGAGGAGAGCAGUGCUCGAGUCUCUCCUGAUGCGAUUUCAGAUACAAGCGGCUGGAAUCCAUCAACUGUGAUUGCCAAUUACCCAGUCCUCCCCAGCCGCUGCCUCUCACCGGAGGCAGAGCAGGAGACCCAGGUCGCGCAGCCGCCUCUCAUGGCCACGGACCCAAAUGAGACGCCCGCACAGAAGUCACCCAGGGAUCAGGUGGCCCAUUCAGGGAGAAGGGAGGGGGCACUUGCUGGGAAAGGCCCAGGGGUGCAGAAGGCAGCCUUGGCAGGGGGAUGCUGCGGUCCCAGAGAGACCAGGACCUCGGGUGUCUAUAGAGAGCCUGCAGGGGACAGCAGAGCUGCCGAGAGCCGGUCAGGGCACGGUGUCUGGGAGGGGCACAGGCCUCCCUCGGGCUCCCCAGGCCCCCCCGAGACUUGUGGUUCUGAAGCCAGUGGCACCAUCAGCAGUUGCCUCCAGGACCCCCAGCGCAACCUGGAAGACGGGGUCCAGGAGCAUGAGGGCACCACUCUCGAAGCCCCCAGCCCGGGUCUCGGGGACCCUCUGAGCCUGUUUGAUGAUGAGGCCUCUUUCUCCCAGCUCUUCCCUCUGGGUGACCGCUGGACUCGGAAGAAGAACCCCCAUGUCUACGGGAAGCGUGGGAAAAAGCUGAAGCCCCCGCCACUGCUGGAGCCCAGCCGCGACGGGACAGGCAGCGCAGCCCCGUCCUCCCACCUGCCCACAGACCUCAGCGACUCGGGCUCGCUCUGCCUGUCUCACGAGGACCCCUGGGGCGAUGAGGCCACGGGUCUGCCCGAGUCCUUCCUCCUGGAGGGCUUCCUUAGCAGCAAGGUACCUGGCAUUGACCCCUGGGCCCCUGGCCCCAGCCUGUGGGCCCUGGAGCCCGAGCUGGAGGCGAACUGUGUGGAGGAAGCGCCCUCCUGCCACGCCGAGGAACACCGGGCAGAGAACAUCCCUGAGCUGCACAUGGUCCCGGCGGCCUGGCGAGGCCUGGAGCUUCGGGCCCCCUCAGAAGAGACUGCCUCUUCUCUUGGAGACGUGAGCCCUGAGCCGCCUUACCUGGAGCGAGAACGCUAUGACAGUGGGCUCCCCGGGAACACUGUGGAUCUCAAGGUGCUCAGCACCAAGCUUGAAAUGCAAGACCUGAGCUUCUUAGGGCCCUGUGAAGACCCUGUGGGUCUCCCUGGCACAAGCUUCUUAGACUUCAAGGCCACGGCAAACUCCCAGGGGCCACGGAGCAAAAGGACAGAGGAGGCAGCCGGGGCCAAGAGGGCCCCAAGCAGAGACGGGCACGCCAAGGCCAGGAGGGCACCCUACAAGUGCAGGGUGUGCUUCCAGCGCUUCCAUGGCCUGGGCGAGCUGGAUCUCCACAAGCUGGCCCACAGUCCCUCGCCGCCCCCCACCUGCUACAUGUGCGUGGAGCGCAGGUUCGGCUCUCGCGAGCUGCUGCGGGAGCACCUGCAGGAGAAGCACCUGCAGGGCAAGGCGGGGCUGUGGGUCUGUGGCAUGUGCCUGAGGGAGCUGGCUGACGUCUGGAUGUAUAAUGAGCACCUACGGGAGCACGCCAUGCGGUUUGCCCGCGAGGGGCAGGCACGGAGGUCCCUGGGGGCCCUGCCUGGAUGCUGGGAGGGGGACAGUGCAGUCACGCACUUCCUGAGCAGCAUCAUGGGGCAGGUAUCCAAACCCCACAGGGGAGUGCACUCGAUUGGCAAGACAAAUGGGGGCCCCACAGAGGCAUCGGGGCGCAAGCCGGGAGCUGAGAAAGAGUUCCUGAGGGAGAGGGCCAAACCCAAGGCCACUGCCAACAACUCAAACCAAGAUGGCGCCUCGGCACCAGAGAGAGCCUUGGGCAAGGGCAACCCGUCAGCCUGUGUGAACCCCGCUCCACCCUGCAGCUCUGCCAAGACGUCCCCUCGCCCGUCCCCCGACCCCUGCUCCAGCAAUGAGCCCCUCCUGCAGGCCAUCCCAGUGCACGAGGACUGCAAGGACCCCUCCCGCGACUGCCACCACUGCGGGAAGCGCUUCCCCAAACCCUUCAAGCUGCAGCGCCACCUGGCGGUGCACAGCCCACAGCGCGUCUACCUGUGCCCCCAGUGCCCGCGGGUCUACUCGGAGCAUCGUGAGCUGCGUGUGCACCUGGGCGGGGAGCACGGGGUGCAGGAGGAGCUGGAGCUGCAGCACACGCCGCUGUACGCCUGCGAGCUCUGUGCCAACGUCACGCACAUCAGCAAGAGGUCCUUCGUCUGCAGCUCCUGCAACUACACCUUCGCCAAGAAGGAGCAGUUCGACCGACACAUGGACAAACACCUGAGGAGGGGGCAGCAGCCCUUCACGUUCCGCCGCGUGAGGAGGCCCGGCGGCCCCGGGCAGAAGGCCCCCGCCCGUGAGGGCACACUGCCCAGCAAACGGCGCAGGGUGGCUGCGCCCGGCAGUUCCCCGGGGCCCAGCAUGGACAAGCCUUUGUCCCGGAGCAGCAGCCCCACCCUGAGCGAGGGGUCCCCCCCAGCCCUACUCCAGCCCUGCCCAGAGGCAGCUCCUGGCACCAGCAAGGGGCAGCCCGGGACCCCGGAGAGGCCUGGAGACCCUGUGGGCCACCCAGUUGGGGGGAAUGAUCUACCCUCUGACCUCCAGGAGUUCUUGCCCCCAUCUCUGUCUCCCUUCCCGGCAGCCUCAGCUGAUGGCGAAGAUGGCCACAAGCUGGGCCGAGCCGUGAAGAACUCCGAGGACAAGGCUUCCCCAGGCAGUCCUGGGCCUCUUCCCCAGCAGGCUCUCCCACCGGGGGAGUCUCUGCCCCAGCCAGGGGUCAGAAGCCAAGACGCCGAGGAAAAGAGGGCUGUGGACCCCUUCUCUGGGAAACGCAGGACCUGCAGUGUCCCUGGCAAACGUGCUUCUGACCAUCGCCCAGAAGCCCCCUCCCCACUCCGGAAGGAGAAGCAGGUGGCCACAAGCCACAUGGUGCCUGACGGGGGCACAGGGAGCCCCUCCCACAAGGGCAGUGCCACCAGGCCUGGGGGUGGCCGGAGUUCUUCAAAAGACAAGUCAGCCCUGUCCACCCCCGGCAAAGCACCCAAGUUCCUGGUGCAACUGAAAAAGGCCAUGGCCAGCCCGGCACCUGGAGAUCCAGCCUGCAGCACUGAGGACAGGCCAAAGUCCACCUCCCUCAAAGCCAAGCCUGGCCCCAGUGCCCAGGGCGGUGGAGGCCUGCGGCACGGCACCAAGACAGCAGGCGGCAGCCAGCCCCAGCCAGCCAGUGGGCAGCUCCAAAGUGAGACAGCCACCACCCCAGCCAAGCCCAGCUGCCCAGGCCAGAGCCCCACCCCAGACAAGCCCCUCCCUAGAGCCCCAGACAGGGGCUUCACCAAGGGACCAAGGGAAGCUGGUGACCAGGGGCUCCGAGGGAGCCUGGGCCCCAGGGAGGGUGGGGAGGGCGGUGAGAAGAAGAGAAAGGGCCGGGCUCUGGGGUUGAGCAGGAGUGACAGUGGGGGGGGCUUGGGGAGAACCCCCCCGGUCCCUGACAAACCCCCUAGGGCCCCCCGAAAGCAAGCAACUCCCAGCCGCGUGCUCCCAGCCAAGCUCAGGCCCAGCAGUCAGAACAGCAGGACGCCCCCCCAGCCCUCAGAGCCGCGGAAGGCAGAGCCGGGCCACACCCACGGGGACAGCAGGCGCAGCAAGGAGGGGCCUGGCAAGGCCUUCCCCUCGGGGAGACCCCUGCACAGGCCCCCCAAGAGAGGCAGAGCUGUCCACGGUGCUGAACCCGCCACCUCCCGUGCCUGUCGGACAGCGGAAUCCCAGAGUGACCUCCUCAGCCAGCUCUUCGGGCAGAGACUAACCAGCUUCAAGAUCCCUUUGAAAAAGGACCCUUCUGAGUAAUUUAUAGGAGCAAGUGAGUGCCUGGGAGCAGGUCUGGGGAUGAACCCAGUGAAUGGGGGACUCCGUGCUAUGCCACCAACCUUCAGUCCUCCGAGAUGGUUUGCUUGGUGGACGUGUCUUAAUCCACUUGACUUAACUAUACCAAUGCGCAGACUUUGGUGUUACAGCUGAGACUGGGAUGCAUUGAGUAGGGCCUGGGGUGGACAGUAAUCCCUUUCUAGCUGGAAGGUAAGGAUGAGGGGCGGGCCAGCUGCAGCCUCUUUGAGACCAUGAAGCUGUUUUCUAGGUACCAGCUCAUGCCCCCUGCCCCAGCCCCGUGUGCCCCCUUGCUGAGGCGCAGUAGCCACAGAAUCCCCAUUUGAAGGUUUGCACAGGGUCCCCCCCAUGUCAUCUAGCAGGGAAGUAAGUGGAGGCAGCUGCAAAUAAGAUGGUGGCAGCCUCCCUUAGUCUUGUUGCUGCUGUUCCUGGAACUCCAAAGUGACCUUAGAAAUCAAACAGGGGGACAGGGCUCUCCACCAUUCCUGAGCCACCCUGCCCUCCAGUGCACAACAGCCCUUCUCUGACCACAGGGUCGUGCCAGCCACUGUCCGUGCUGCCAAGGGAAACACCGGUCUCCAGUGCACCUUGAACCCUGGGGACCAGGCUCCCAUCCGGAACGUGGAGAAAGCUGCUCACGGGCAGCUCCACCGGUCCUGCCUCCCCACGCGCCUCGGCCCCCACCCCAGGCUCUGCGAUCGCCCUUUCUAGAGCCUUCCUCCCACGCGGAGCUGUCGGCUGCGAGUGUCAGCAGUUCUACUCUGAAGUUUCUGGUGCUAUUUCAUGACGUAAUGUGAAUACUGGCUUCCCUGGUGUGUUUUCCCUGGGGAGACGGGGUUGGGAGGCGCAAGGGGCUGCACAGAGGCCCACGGGCACCAGCAGCCCGAGAAGUCUUUCACUGGCUCCCGGCCACCAGCAGGCACAGUAGGAGCAGCGGGACGGGACCCUCAGAGCCAGGGUGUGGCGCUGCCGCCCGGUCGCCGAGGUGCCCCAUGCACUGACAUGACCCGGGGUUGGCCCGCACGUCCUUCUCACAGAACCGUGUCUUGAAAGGGCCCUGGAGGGUGGAGAGGCACCUUCUACUCUUAGGAAUCUCCGAGGCUCGUGGUCCAUUCCGUUCUGUUUUUUCGUUUUUACCUUGGGUGCAAUGUGUAUGUCAGAAGUUUUAUUUUAAUAUUUCAAAAGAGACCAAAUCGGGCCCGAAUCACC